AUGGAGGACUCGUCAGAUAAGCUAGGCCUCUCUGUGAGGCCUACUCGUCAAUUCCACGGAGUGGUUUGCACCGUCUAUCGCGUCAGAUUAAGGCACACCCGGGUUGGCUCCGCAAUGCUCCAUCUCCUAUCUGUUUCAGCGCUUCUCUGUCUAGUCGGAUGCAAAAAUGCCGACGCUUUACGACUCUCUGAAAACUCGAUUCCUUCUCAGGGCCCUGCCGCCGCAAGCCUGCUCGGCGUGCAGCCCCUCCGUGAGCUUGUGCACCCUCUAGAGUUUCAUUCGUAUCCUCCUUCUCUCCGCCAUCUUCGUUUUUUCGUGACGGCGCCGCUGUCUAAAGAUGCCAGCCAGGUAGCGGCCACUCGAGGGAACGGAACGAUCUACGCAAAGACCAUGGACAGUGAGGGCUCAUCGAAACAGAGCGCACUGCCCCGAGAACCGCAUUCGAUGGUACUUGCGAUUCUGUCAUCGCGAAUCCACGAAGGACUCCCUAGGGACCCGCCCGAAAUCUUCCCUUCGGGUGUACCCGCGGGUGCGUCUGUCAUUUCUUCCCUCUUUCGUUCUUCGUCGCCGUUGUCCACUGAUAGUGCCCCCAAUGUGACUCCCCCCUUGGGGACUCUAGUUUUAAUCGAAGCAACUCCGGAGGUCGCUGGUGACACCUCUAAGCCUUGCGCUUCACCUGGUACUCUGCCGCCAUCAUCCUCUGGCGUUGCUGACUCCUCGUCGUCUUGCCGUCUGCCGGCCUCGUGUGUUCCAUCUGCGUCUCUCCUGACUGCCGCCGCAUCUGCAGCCUCUUGCUGCGACGCCCUCGUGAUGCCCCUCUCGUACCCUCACCUGGGAGCGCCGCUCUCUCUUCUGGGCCAGAGGGAACCGCAUCUUCUUCUUCUCUCGGCAUCAGUUCAGCAGCAGUUCCACAUCCUAAGCAGUUUCUCGACUCGGCAUCCACGUUCAGGUGCCGCCGAACGGGUAAGCGAUGUGACUGACAUUCCUCUUGAGGCCUCUGGGAAUUCUGCCACGUCGCCUCUCUCGGCCCCCCUUCCCUCACACGAUCUGGCAAGCCAGCGGCGAAGUGAUGGCAGAUACCGGGGACGAGCGAGAGAGCAUGAGGGUAACGAGAAGACGGAACCCUGCUCUGAAUAUCGGUGUGCUAACCGGACGUUCAUCUGCGACCAUUCGGAGCUGGAAAAGAUCGUGACAAAGAGAAAGCCGCUGAUAAUUCUUGUCACCGAUUAUACCGAGGUUUCACCAGGAGAGGGUCUUGCUGAGAAGCCGAUAUUGCCAGUCGUCGCCCUCAGAGCAGGGUCGACUAUCGAGGACCUAUCUCUUGGAUUCGGUUCUCAAGAUGACCCUAACAGUUUGCUGAGGCCCCAGUCCUUCAGACGACGCAGCUCGCAGAAAUCGUCAACCGAAGAGGGACCUCGGACGCAACGCAAAGAGACAGCCGCCGCGGUCCGACGGCUCUUGGAAAGUCUGUGUCACAACUUAGAUUGGCCCAGCGCGCUGAAAGACAGCGUACAGAACCCCGAUGAAAAAACUGGAGCGAUGGGCGAGCGAGUCGCAACGAAGGCUGAUCAGGCCGAUCACAGUUGUCCUCAGGGUCAGGGAAGAGACAAGGAUGGGAGCGACGAUGCGAAUUCGAGCCCCAACGUGGCCCAGCACUCAGCACGCAACAACGUGGAGGGUGGGAGCCUACAGCGAGAGAAGCAACAAGGGGCGCUCGAGACUAGACAGGCCGACAGAGCCGAAUGUCGCAUGGCUCUGGAUUCCCUCUAUUCCACCUACGUUGUGUUUGUGCCUCCUGUUCCCGUUCAAGCGCUUGACGAUAAAGCAGAUCCAGAGCAGAAACUACAGAGACACAUGGAGGCUUUGCAAAUUGCUCAACGCCUCCAGCGUACUGUUAAAGAGAUCGUGUCGAACUUCCAAAAGGAAUCGGCGUCAUCUUAUUCCUCUGGUCUGGGCGUCUCUCUAUCGUCCGAAUCACCUCUUCACUGGCUCCCUCAGGUAGCCGCAAUAUUCGAGAGGGUGCUGGGAGAGAGCAGCGGAGGGUGCAGUGUCACUGCAUCUCGUGACGCAGACUCCAGCUGCGAUGCGGAAGUGAACACCCAAGCAAGCGAAAUGAACAUUGAGGCGCGGAGAUCCACGUGGGCUACUGUGAGAGACAUACGGGACGCUGUGAGCAGUGGCAAGGCCGAAGAAGCGUCGAAGGUGAUGUGUGAAUACGCCUUAAGAAAGAUCAAAGACGAAACGAAGGAAAGGUUCGAUGCACUUCUAAACCUCCAGUCUCCAGCCUUCCAUGUAGGCUACUCACGCUCCUUCCCUGCUGUCGCCUCGGAACUUCGGCGAGCGGUGCUACAACUGUUUGACUCGUCUGCUCAACUUGUCAGAGAGCAGAUGAUGAAGAACAGCGAAAUAAAGGAGUCCACCGAGAACAGGAACUACUUCAGUGCAGCACAGGAGAGAAUGAGGGAGGAGCUAGACAGAGAAAUAACGAGAACUCUAUCGCCACGUUAUUUCCUUCAGCUGAAUGCUUUGCGAGCUGAGAUAACUCGGCAGUUUCGAUCUCAGCUUGACCAUAUUCAGAAAGACCAGCUGGUUGCGCUAGAGGCAUAUCUCAUGAGCCGACAGCAACCAGGUGUACCGCAGGCCGAAGGCGUCGAUCGAGAGGAAACCGUUCCCGAGCUUCUAAGCUUGCGCCGUUUCUCGAGGCUUAUUCAGGCUCUCCUGAAGGCUGCCGGGACCACGUUUCUCUCCGAGAUGCGGCGUUUUCAUCGCAGCUGUUCGCCGUCUUUAUUGCGCCAGCUUACCUCGUCCUUCGAGCCGCUGCCCCCGUCUUCUUCAUCUUUAUCUCGCGCUUCGCGUCGUAUUCUAGAGCUGGUUGAGCAGCGCCAACACCUUCGUUUGCUGGAUAAUUUGCGAGAAAUGGCGAGCUCCGUUAUUCAACAGCAGCAAAUGUUACUGUCUGAAUACGCGAGUGGGUUGAAAGGUGGUAUUUGGUCCACAAAUCCGAUCACGAGUUGGAUUUUGGAUGGCUUUGCCGAUACGUCAGAGCGCAUCCGAGAGAGCCGCCCUGUACAAGCGGUCGUGCGCACUCUAGCCACAGCAGAACGCCAAUCACCUGCAGUUCGGACGCUGCUUGGGUGGUGGCGAAGAAGGGCUCCGGUGGAGGUCUCCCUUCAAUAUGUCAGUCCCACGGCCUUCGGCUUGAGCAAUUUCCGACGUCGCGUGGGUUUGUCUCCUGAGGAGGCAGCACUUACUGGUCAACGCACAUCCCUCAAAGGAAGAAUCCAGAAGCUCUGGAGCGGAGCCGAGGCUUCGUCGAGAGCCUCCCCAAGUCCCAACCUGGCACCAAUCCUGGAUGAAGCGCUGGAGGCGUCAAGCUUACUUCGGGACCUGUCUCGUCUGUCGUCACUCAUGGUAUACGGUCAAUCACCAAAAAACGGGUAG